CGAAAAAUGUAGUACAGGAAAAAAUUGUACAUUUUUCUUCAAUAUUCAUCUUAAACCAACAAUAAUUUGUUUUCCUUUACAAAAAUACAAAAUCAAUGGAAGAAAAUUCAAUAAAAAUUUAUUUAUGAAAGUAUAUUUAACCAUUUUCCAUCUAGUCCCAUACAAAACAGUAGAAUAAAUAGUUACAAAUUCAAAGUUAGUUACCCGAUUUAGUGAAAAUAUGUUUUGCUGUUUAAGGACUUGCCUCAAUGGUAACCUACGAACACCAAGAUCAACAAGCCACAGAACUAGAGAACCAGAAAUUCAUUUGGAUGCUGCAUUUAUGGGCCCAGAAGUGAUUCUCUUAUCGAAUCAGCUGCGUAUUACUGGAACCGGUGGCGCUCUGGCCACUGCUCCGCUUGUACAAUCAAAAUCAUAUUUCGAAAUCAAAAUUCAACAGAGUGGCACUUGGUCCGUGGGCCUAGCCACCAGACAAACUGAUCUCUCUAAAAAAGUCGGUGGCACCGACCGAGAAUCGUGGUGUCUUUGCUCAGACAAUUCGACACGGUUCAAUGACGAGGUAUUUCGACCGGCCGUAGUCACAACACAGCCUCAGGCAAAUGGUAACGCCUGCGGUGGACUGAUUGGCAUCGAUGAGGAUGCCGAUGAUGUCUUGCUGACAGUCAAUCAGGCGAUAGCCGCAACGUCACAAGAACAAGAAGACAGAGAGUUUCCGGGCGAUGGUGACAUCAUCGGCGUCACCUUCGACCACAUCGAGCUGAAUUUCUACUUCAAUGGCAAGAGUCUCGAAGUGCCAUUCCGCAAUGUCAAGGGCAGUGUUUAUCCCGUUGUGUUUGUUGGAAAUGGAGCGAUUCUAGAUGUUAUUCUGGAUAACUUCACAUUUGGACCACCUCCUGGCUUCGAUAAGAUUAUGAUUGAGCAAUCACUGCUAUAAAAUCGCAAAUCCCGUCCCCUUUCUUAAUGGACAAGAUCAGAAAGAUGCCAUUUGAACAAAUAAAAAAAAAACAAAAUCGCAGGAGACCAGCUUUAGUACUUAAGAUAAUGAAAACUUAUUUAUUUUAUUUAAUCAAAAACAAAAGAUAGAAAUGGAGAGCGCACUACCUAUUUAUUAAUCACUCUCUUUAUAUAUAUAUAUAUUUAAAUAUAUAACUAAAUUAUAUACACAUUCCAAAUUUAAUGUACAUCAGGAUAUACAUACUUAUAUAUAUGUUUGCUUCUAACUUUUUGUGUUUGUCUAAGCAAGAUGCGAGUGCGAGGAAGAUACAAUUUUGGCGUAUGGUGCGUGUGUGUGCUACGAAAAUAAAGAAAAAUAUAAACUGA